AUGCCGCUGACAGCGUCGAGCCGUCCGGCAUAUCGCAGUGCCGCAGGAUGCUUUGCGCAAGCCCUGGAUCAAGCUCUGACGCUACAUCUAGCUGCGGGCGCUCGGAGCUUCGGCGGCGCUAGGUGCCCGGCAGAUCCGGCUGGGUCGUCUCUGCCUCCAUCGUUCUUAUGUCCAGUCUUAGAGACGCGCCGCCACUCUCUGCGGCGUAAGUCCUCAAGAGGAAGCGACCCUUCAACUUCGGUUAGAACCUUUUCCACCACUCGUCGUGCUCCAGAUCAUGUCCAGCAUGCGCUCGAGGCAGUUCAGGAGGACCAGUCCUUGGCAGGCGUAACUGCAUCGACGUCCAAAUUUACCCUCUCGAGCGAUUCAUCGAAGGGACGGCCUGUCAUAAAGCCGGGGGAAUGGGACAGCGAAGAGGUCAAGCACCUCAUGGAGCUGGAAAGAAGGGUCUGGGAUGGACCUCGAGAGCAUACACUGAGGUUCCCACGAUACAAAUUCAACACUUGUAGCCCUUCCGCUCUCUUACGUGAUCGCAAGGGCAAGGGGCCGAGCGGACGCAGGGCGUCAACACCUGUUGCAGAGGACAUCGACUGGGCCGGAACACAAGCUUGGGUGACCCCGCAGCAGGGUGGGCCUUUCAGUAGACAUCUUCCGACGGGACUCUUGACACAGCCCAGUGCGACGGAGCCUCCGCCGGAUGUCACAAGUGUCUCCCUGUCGCGUGCACUUCGACACCUCGGCUACGCUGCUCAAGCCAUACGAAGCAAUUUUCUUGACUCUAAUACAGCGAAUCGCCCGAUCAAUCAUGCCGGCCAGUGCGAGUUGCUGUGGGAAUCGUUCGGGUUGGCCCUGUGUCGGAACAAGAGGGCCUUCUCCCUUCGUAGCAGACCUCACACAGGCGCAUCUGCGUCCACAGCAUCAAGAGCUGCCAUUUCGGAGCUAGUCACAAAACUUCCCUCAGAGGACGUGCUCGCGGCUCAUGAAUGCGCUGCUUGGUUACUGAGGCUUUCCUUCGCGAUAGGUGAAUCGCCAAUUCCUCGCUUCGUGCGUGUGAUCAGCAUCCUUGGCGCUCCGCCCCUGGCUGGCAUACACCCACUCAUUGCAGAGGUGGGAGUAGCUGGGGAUGCGCAAGUCGUUAAGGAGCUGGUAAACUUGUGCAUCCAAUCGCAUGGUGGGCGUGCAGAUGAAUGGCUGCUGUACGCUCAAGCUCGCUCUAUGGCGAGCCGUGCGUCAAAUGGCUUCGAUUGGGGCCGGUUGGAAAGAUAUUGGCAGAGAUUCACCUCUUACAAAAGGCCAUCAGAGCCACUCGGCCAGUCACUGAUAGGCGAAGGCGGAAGCUGGACCGAAACACUGAGCCCACCACGAUAUCUUUUCGAGUUUCUGUUACGUUUCCAGCUGGGCAUGCGGAAUUUGGGAGAAGCUCGCCGGAUCGUUCACGCUAUGCGGGCGCAUGGUCACUCUGUCGAUGUCGGGACAUGGCUGGUCCUCAUCCGUGCGCAUCCUGCGCUCCGUGAUACGCUGACCGCGCUAGCAAUCGCGGCUCCUCUACGGCAACGGGCGCAGAAGUGGCGUGGUCCGCGGGAGACCGGUCAACCCAAACCGACGGAAGGUGCAAGCCUAGAAUACUACUCGGAACCGCGACGGAUCCUGAACGAUCUGGUGCGCAUACGAUGCGCUCAGGGUGACAUUCGCGGGACGCUUUUAGCGCUCCGCGUCUUUGGCGCACCUACAGGCUCACAGGCACCAAUCGCGCACGCAGGAGGUCCUAGACCCAACGUUGCUACGUACGCACCAGUCGCCGAGCUGUUGGGGAGAGGUCUAGCAAGACCAGACCUCGCUAUGCGCUUCCUCGGGCUGGCCUUGGAGCACGCUGAAGAGCCGCUUUCUGACAGGCACGAUGGCAAGCAGCACUUCGAUACUUUCUGGAUCUUAUGCGCUCUCAACGCUGUGCUGAAGGCACUCAUCUAUGUUGGUCGGCCUGGUGAUGUCCUUCGAUGCGCAGACUACCUAUUCACCGAUGGGCAAGGAGAUCAUGUGGACAGCGCCAGGGGUCAGCCUCAGCAAUGGCCGUCAAGAAGUGGCGCGGCCACGCUAGAAAGGAUGCGACUCAAGGUCCGGCCUAACACGACAAUAUUCAGUACGCUGAUGGAAGCUGCGGCAAGCAUGCCAGUCUCGGACCGUGUGCCAAGCACUCGAGCCGUGCUCUCUCUGAUGGUCUGCUCCAUGCAGCGUGUUAGCACUACGUCCAUCCGCCCUUGCCGCAGAAGCUUCCCUCGCUCAGCUCGCGAUGCACUUGCUCGAUUGAUGAUCACCACAGCCGAGGCUGCUAUGCCUGAUCAAGACCGUCUCGCUACCUUGUUCUUGCAAACACCUGUGUCGCAGCCUAGGCGCUCCCGUAGGCGCUCGUGCUCACAGAGAAUCGAACCGGGCAGCUUGGCUCGGCUGCAAAUCUUCAAGCGAAGGCUCGCGUUCCUGGGCUUUUGGGAGAAGCAGAAGCUGCAAGCCUCAAGGUCACGCCGUCCUCCGCGUCGCUCGCAGGGCCGACGAGAGGUUGAAAGUGGUUCGGAACUGGGCCAAGAUGCGCCACCUGCCAAGAAGCUGUCUCCCGGCGCGUGGGCACGGCGCCUCCGCGUGCUGGCUGUUGUGGACAAGAAUUUCGAUGAGGCGACAAAUCUCGUCAAAGACUUGCCCCGGAUAGGCGUCAAUGUCAACAUCCUUCACAUCUCUCCUCUGGUAGAGGGCUUGGUGGCAAGCGGCUUACUUACGGAUGCGAGCGAGGUUACACAAAGAGCGGCACAGCACUUUGGCAUGGGACCUACUCUCCGACUUCACACGGCCAUAAUCCGUGGACAAAUUGAGCAUGAUGACUGGACCGGCGUCGAGCGCCAGCUUCAGGUCAUGAAGCAGAGCGGCUUGGAAGCGGACACAGCUCUCAUUACGAUGAUUGCCUUGGCGAGAGAACGCGUAGCUCGCGAAGCUCAUCCGGUGCUACUUCGGGAACCUGCCAUGAUAGAGCGAGCGAACAGGACACUGUUUGGAGCAUCAGGCGAAGCGCCUCACACCGCCGCAGUUACUUCCCAGUUCCUGAUGCUUCUGCAGAGAAGGUUGUACCUUGGAGCGCAGCUGCUCGUAGAGCGCGCGAUGAAGUCAGGCACUCGGCGUGAUGCUGUCUUGCACCUUGCGAUUUCCCGCUCGGGCAAUAGAAUGCGCAAGGAUCUCGUCAAGCUCAAAAUGGCCGCAGGACCAAUGCCAGAUCAUUUGAUCCCGGCGAGCGCAGCGUCGGCUCGCGCCGAGGCCAGCACUUCUACGGAUGGGACGCCGAGAUCGCAAGCAAGACGAUUGCGAAUCAAUGCUCCGAUUCGCGAAGAGCUGCGUCAAGCGCUCGAGGUCCAGCAACGCAACCAGAAACGUUCCAGCCUCCUCUCGGACACGCCAGAUAAGCGAGGCAGGGAGGAAUGGGACGCUUUCAGACGAGAUACGAUGCGACUCGUGAUGGACACGCUAAUUCUACACGAUCCGUCUUUGCCAUCUACUUGGAAAAAUGUGGGCAAAAUGGUCCAUACUCCGAUCGGCUGUUUGCCGUUUGAUCGAAGGAGGAACACGCGUCGAGCGUGGGCUCGCACCAGCAGCGCAGUUCAAGAUCCACGAACAGAGGCCGAGACUCCAUCAUCUCACCUCUCCAAGGGUGACGUACAUGCAUAA